GAAUGCAACCUGUACCAACUUAUGAAAGACAGGGAGAAGAUGUUUUCUGAGGGUGAAGUUAGGAAUUGGUGUUUUCAAGUUUUCCAAGGUCUUGCUUAUAUGCACCAGUGGGAUACUUCCACCGUUAUCUGAAGCCUGCAAAUGGAGAUUUAUACUAUGGUCUAUUCUGAUUUUGGCCUAGCACGUGAGAUCAGUUCACAACCACCCUACACUGAGUAUGUCUCCACACGGUGGUAUCGUGCUCCUGAAAUGCUACUUCAAUCUUAUCUGUAUAGCUCCAAAGUUGACAUGUGGGCAAUGGGUGCUAUAAUGGCUAAACUGUUCUCUCUUCGUCCUCUUUUCCCUGGUGCCAGGUCAUCAAAGGCACCUGAUGUAUCAAAGCUAGUUUUCGAAAGCAAAUUGCCUAUUCUAAGUGAUGAAAAACUAUCAUUGAAGGUAUUGCUUUCCGAGGCAAAAAAACGAGAGCGGGCCUUUACGAAUAGAGGACGCCGGAAUCAGUUGCGCUCAAUGGGAGAAGCCAAGAAUUUGCUUCAAUAUAUGUUCAAUUCAGUCGCAGAUGUUAGGUGCUCUAUUUGACAUCAAUUUGUUUUUUUCUCUUCUAUCAGAAGAUUAAUAACUUUUAUUAGAAGAUACUUAUGUAGAAUACAAUAUUUUGGUUUUUUAUAGUUUAUUAGUAGUAAAUUCUAAGUGGUCUAAUGUAUAUUUUGAUAUGGGUAUAUUUAAUUUAGUGUGAGAUGUAUGAAUACUCAUUUAUGAUCA